AUGAUGAUGACGUGCCGUCUGCUGUGCGCCCUGUUGGUGCUUGCCCUGUGCUGCUGCCCGUACGUGUGCGCGGCAGGGAGUGAAGAUACAACUGUUAAAGUUGGAGAAGAUCCAACGCUCCAGGAUUCAGGGAGUUCAAGCGAUUCCCAAAUUACAGGAGCAAAAGUUACGGAAGGUAUUGGACAGAGUUUAGAUAAGGAGUCCGAUUCGUCAGAGGGACCAGCCUUGACCGCUUCUGCUCCAGCAGCUCCAUCUCCGACAGGUACAGGAGAAGAAGGACCACGUGGAGCGCCCAUUUCGCAAGAUGGAAGAGAUGCGUCUGGUCAGUCAGGGGCAUCAGAAGAAAAUAUCAUUUCACCAGGAUCAAAAGGUGAUUCCGAUAAGUCAGGUGUAAAUAAUCCGGAGCAUAAUAAAGAAGUGGCGCUAACUGAUAACGAAGUUAAGGAACAGGCACCAACCACGACAACCACAACGACCACAACUACAACAAUGGCACCAACUACGACAGCCACCACUGCGCCGGAGGCACCAAGUGAUACGGCCAUGAAUACAGAGGCGCCAACCACGACGACCACCCGCGCACCUUCACGUCUUCGCGAAAUCGACGGCAGCCUCAGCAGCUCUGCGUGGGUGUGUGCCCCGCUGCUGCUCGCCGUAUCCGCGCUGGCGUACACCACUCUGGGCUGA